AUGCCUCAGCCGUUUGCAACGUUCGCCGCUCUUCUCAUUCCUCUUUUCGCCCUUCUCGACGCCUACGAGUUUGACACUAUCAUAUCAGGUUCAUUCCUAUUCAGUCUGAACUUUUUUUUUCCUCAGCCGAGCUCUUUUUCGAAUUCAUCUAAAUAUUUAUUUUUUUUUUCAAAAAUAGGUUCCAGUGAUCUUGGAAAGAUCCAAAUUCUUUAGUCGCAUCUUACGGUCCCAGAAAAGCAAUAAAUUUUGCCAAAAUAAUUAAAAAACCCUUUCUUCAUAGCUAGUUUUGCUAUAUUUGGAGACUGCUUAUUUGAAAAAAAUCGCUGCUCUUCCUAAUUUUAUGUGAGCUGAGUAGUUCUUCGUUUCUAAUAAUGAAAACCCUGUGAAAAUGAGGGCUCAGGUGCUUUUAGAAAUUAAAUUCUUAUUUUGAGUCACAGCUUGGAGAAGUGAAAAAGUUUUUCUUUUUCGAAGUAAUUCUUCGAAAAUUUCAGACAAACCAGAGAUUCAGUGUGGAACCGGCAGUUUGGUUUUUGAAGAUAGCUACGCAAAAUAACGUUGCGCCUUCACAUGUUUUUGCAAAAGGACAUUUCCAAAAGGUACACAGAAUAAAAGAUAUAGGAAAAAAUAAAUUUUUUUUUGCAGGAAGGAUGUUCAUUUACCAAUUCAACGGAGACCACUUUUGAGUUUGGCAAAUGUGACGUUGCGCGUCAAAGAGAAGUUAGUUUUAGUUUGAUUUUCUGCUUUUUUGAAGCUUUUCCCCCAAAAUAAUUGAUUCCAUUGUUCAUGAAAAUUUUCGGUUUCCACAGGUGCUUUGCUAAAUAGUUAUUUUCAGAAUGAGAACAGGUUUUUGGGGCCUUAAGAUUUUUUUCGAAGAAGUAUUUCUUUGACAUCUCUGUAGGAAAAAAAUUUCGAAACAAAAAUUUCAGAAUUUAAACACUUGAAAUGAACGAAUCAAAAAAAAAAUGCACUUUGUAAAAAGAGAUGGAAUGAAAACUCUCAACCAGAUUAAGCUCCGGAAGUUUCCAACUACAGACUUGCUAUUAUUUUUUUGUUGUUGUAGGAAGCGAACAUCGAAAUAAAAGUAUAGCGCUCUUUUCUGAAAAAUAGGAAGCCCGGAAAGUUAAAUCUCACAAUAAUCUCAAAAGAAAGGUCCUUUUACUAUGUGUGGUAGGAAAUUUCCUGAAAUUUUGUCAGAACAUUUUUUGAUGUACCAGAGAAAGAUCCUGAAAAUCUCAAUCUGCAAAACUCCCUAUUUUUUGAACAAAAAUGCCUCAAAGUCAAAGAAAACCAUCAAUAACUGCUAAAAUGGGUCAUUUUGCUCUUAGAGUCAUUACUUCUUGAAAAUUAGGAAAUUGUGCAAUUUAAAACUUUUCAGAUCUCAAUUUGUUAUUGUGGCCAAUUUUCAAGAAGUUGCCAACCGCAAAGUGAAAUGACCUUUGUUGUCAGUAGAGUUUUUAGUCAUCUAUUCUCGUUUUCCAAUCCAAACAAAGUAACUUUCAUGUGAUCCAACCCACUCAAGUUUUCAACCUGUGCAGGUUAACCCGAAAGGGAUGUCCUACACGAUGACGGUGAUAGUGCAACUGCAUCCGCUGUUCACGACGCGCGUCGACCGAGCAUACCGCGUCCGUUGCUUUUACAAGGAGACGGAGAAGGCCGUCGGCGCCGAGUUCUCCGUCAGGUACGUUUUCGAUCAUGUUUGUCCUCGACGGUUAUUGCCGUCGACGUUAACGUUUCGCCAAAUAAUUUUACAACAUUUUGGGGCUGUAUAAGAAUAAUAGGUGAGAAGGCCGCCGCGAGAUCGACGAAAUGACCCUCGUAUGGCCAAUGUUUCUUAAACGACAACAAUUGGCGUCGGCGAUUGAGCAAUUUUUCGGGGCUCAGCCUUCAAAACAGUGUGAACGUGUGUUGAGUUCAGUCAGCGGAUUGUGAAAAAAGACCUCCAUCGAGACCUUGACCGUGUGAGGAGCGUAACCAGAAAAAAAAAAGAUCAGAGUAGAUCACACUUGGAGGCCAUUCACGCAAGUUUGAAAUCAGCGUACAUCGAACUUUUGCCUAUUCACAGCCUCUUUUCGAGGUGUUAAAAAAGCGAACCGAAAAAGUUCGAGUUUUCCGGCGAUAGUAAUUUCCAGGGUAACUUGAAAUCAAGUUCUACUUUUUUGCCAUUGAAGAGCCCAUCAAGCCGUUUCUAAUUGACUAUUAAAAUUCAUAUUUUUUGUGAUCAUGUAGAAAAACUCAAUAAGCCAAGAAGAAAGGGUUGGCUUACAAAUAUUCGGAGGAAAAGGUUUAAAAAAAUUAGUUUUAAACUCAGAGAGGUAGUAUUGACAAGAAAAAUCAAGUUUUUAAGUUAAAACUUAAAACUUUUUAACCUCAGGAGUUUAUACCAACUUUAACAUUGAAAUAUUUGAGAGGAGGGUUAGCAGCGUUAAUAAAUGGAUUGCCCGUGGCAUUUUUGCGAUACGAGUUUUAUUUAAAGGAAGUUUUCGUCAAAAGUAAACCCGCCUUAGUCCAACAGGUUAUGGGCCUGCCUACGGCCCAAAGGGUCACAAGUUCGAUCUCCGCCGUUACCCAUCUAAAGGAUUUGAGAAAUGUUGGUAGCGGAAAAUCACGGCUUCAUAUUCCCCAGUCACAAAAAAAGAAAGAUAUGUCACUAAAGCCAGUCCACUGAUUAUCACUGAUAUCAGAAUAGGACCUCGGCUCAUCAACUUGGGGCGCUGACGCCGCUCAAGCCGUAGAAGGCGUAGGAAGAAGAAGAAAACUUUGCAAAAAAAAAAUCAAAAUGAAAAUCCUUCAUGAGAGAGUUGCAGCGAUCCAUCGCCGACGUACUUGCCGCAGGAAUCCAUACAGCCCACUUGCGUUUACACGCUUCAUAUGGUUGGUUAUUUUCGCGAAAAAAGCCAUCGAAAAAAAAAAAAUUAAGGGCUCUCCGAAUGGUCCGCUAGCCAAAUACGCGAAAGUCGGCGACACCGUUUAUCACGUCUGGGAUUGCGCCAGUGAAGUAGUCUUUUCUUUCGAUUAAUUUAUGUUGAAAUGGAAAAAAAGAGUCACCUUGAAGUAAAAAGCAACGGCGUUUUUCAGAUUUACGAGAUGUACGUGCACGAUUGUUUCGUGGUGGACGGCGAAAGCAGCAACAACCGCCGAGUCAUCGACGACAAAGGGUCCGUUAUUGAAAGAUCGGGAAAAUCACGAAAUUCUCAAGAUUUUUUCAAAUAUCUCAAUCUGCCCAACUUCUUUGUUCUUUUGAAAGAAGGGACAACAGUUUUUCUCCGGCUUUUAGGCUUUUUAUUUUCAAAAAUAUGGAGUAGGGGGUUUUUAGGCUCUUCAUCUAGUUAAUCGAAAAAUAUUCUGCAAAUUUUCACAAAUCGAAGCUCAAAAAAGCGUUUCAAGAAAGAGCGAGUGAUCUCUCACUGAAAUCAGCGUAAAAUCAUGCAUAAAUAGAAAUUUUAUGAACUUCGAAAUUAAAAUGUUCAGUUCUGUGAAAAUCUGGCAAUGAAUAGAGUAUAGUUAGACUUCUUUUUCGUUUCAUCAAGAAAAAAAGCACCUUUUCUGUGUCAACUCGUUCAUGUUUGUUUAUUUUCCCUGUUCUCCGUCCUGAAAACCUAGAGAGACACCUGGCAUGCUUAUGAUACCUCUAAAAGUAGGUCCAACUUCCUGAGUAUGCCCUUUCUGCCGCCCCGGUCUCGACCUUCAGCCCUUAUUCAGAGCGCACCCGACCUACUUAUAACUCUCUCAAACUGCAAUUACCUGUACUCCCGUGCCAAGCAUAAGGCAAAACAUGCUCGCUUUCCCAUUAGGAAAAGGGGAGCCUCGCCUCGUCCCAAUUGUUGUAAUCAUCGUCCGAGACGUUUUUUCUUCUUUUUUUUCCGCUUCCUUGUACGGUUUGCAAUUCGACCUUGCGGAUGCGCGGUAACCGAUGGUUUAGCACUUUAACGACUGUGCGACGCACCUGUCUUCACUUUUUGCUUUUUAAGAAAAUAACAGCUUUCAAAAUGGAAGAAGAUCUGCGUCAUCCAAAAAUUGCCAUCAAGAUUGAGGAAUAAAAAAAUAAAUACAGAGAAAGAUUCAAAAAAAAGCCAUUAAAAUGAAAGAUUAGGCAAGACACUCUGUAUAACAGCAGCUCCCGAGAAAAAGAGGUGAAUUCUUGGGAAAAUAAGCGAAUUAAAGCUGAAGAAGAAGAGAAAAUAGCGUAGCUCAUUCGGCUUCUGAAACAGUCUCAAAUGUCCGUACCCUCUUUUCCUUGAAGAAAAAAGAAAAUAGGCGAUGGAAAAGCAGGCACAGAGGAGCAAGACUGUAUCAAGUAGCGACGAACUUCAAAUUAAGCUCAACUGAAGCAUAAUCUUUACGUGGACCCCUCAUUUUCACAGAUUAACUGGAAACUGCAUUAUUUUGUCUAGUUUCAGGUGCUCCACAGACGUUUUCAUCAUGCCGCAGAUCAUCUACAAUGGGAACCGCUCCAAGGCCUUUGUGGUUCGUUUCGAAAUGAUUAUUUUUCACUAGUUUUUCAAAAAAAAACAUCUAACAGUAUAUCAAAGAAAAAAUAAUUUGCAGAAUUCGAACGCUUUCAAUUUCCCUGACCAGAAUAUUGUCAAGUUCAACUGUCAGAUUCAAAUUUGUCCGACUUUGAGUGGAGAUUGUUAUCGGGUUGGUAACUCUUCGGAACAUUUCUCAAGUGUCCUAUUGCAGCCGAAGUGCGACGGACAAGCUGCAGCCGACCACGACGACACCCUCUCAUCAGACAUGGCUGAAGACGAACUCAUAACUACAGCCACUCCGCCUGCGGAAGUCGCCACGACAUCAGCCUCCACCAUUUCCAGCACCUCGACCACCUCUUCCACAAGCACCACGACGACAACUACCACUACCACGACGACGACGACGACAGCGCCAACAACCCAACAAACAAGUCUCACCGUUCAACUGUCUCUUUCUAGAACGCGAAACUUCAGAAACGACGACCAUCCUUUUCCCGACUCCCGAAGCGUUAUUGAAGAUUUUCUCAGACAGUCCGCGCAACAUUACUCAUCGGCUAUACGAUCUCGAAGGAUCCGGUAGACAUUUGCGCAUUAGACUUGGGCAAAAUGAAGCAUUUUGAGGCCUAGAGAUCUCCUCGAGAGAUGAAACCACAACUACGUUCACCGUUCUCAAAUCAACCAAACGAAGGAGAGAUGCUGUGGACGUCGACAUUUCUUCCCCAGAGUUGAUGAUCGUCGAUCGAGAUUUUGGUGGGUCAUUUCUUUUCAAUGAAUCCCAACAAUAAUAUUCACGAAAACUAUGAAGAAACAAUUUAGCAUCUGAGCUGCCGACGGCCCUGGAACUGUCGGAGGAAAAGCAAAAGCCGGCGGUUUGCCUGCCCUUCGUCGUUCUGUGGAUCCUUGGAGGUGUCGCGAUCUUCUCGAUCUCGAUCACGAUGACUGCUUUGUGCUACUCUCUCAAACAAAAACCCAGUUUCCACAUACUACCGUAG